UCCUCCGCCCACCCCCGUCCCCCCCCCUCGCCUCUCCCCGCGCCGGGCGAUGCCGCUGCGGGGCUCCCGGGCCGCGGGGCCAUGGGGGCGGCUGCUGCUGCUGCUGCCGCCGCCGCCGUUGCUUCUCUUGGCGCUGGCGGCCUGCGCCGCGCGGGCCUCCGAGAUCACCUUCGAGCUGCCCGAUAACGCCAAGCAGUGCUUCUACGAGGAGAUCGCCCAGGGCACCAAGUGCACCCUCGAGUUCCAGGUGAUCACUGGAGGUCAUUAUGAUGUUGACUGUCGGUUGGAAGAUCCUGAUGGCAUUGUAUUAUACAAAGAGAUGAAGAAACAAUAUGAUAGCUUCACGUUUACUGCAUCCAGAAACGGAACAUACAAAUUCUGCUUCAGCAAUGAAUUCUCUACUUUCACACACAAAACUGUGUACUUUGAUUUCCAGGUUGGAGAAGAUCCACCACUGUUCCCUAGUGAGAACAGAGUAACUGCACUUACCCAGAUGGAGUCUGCAUGUGUUUCAAUUCAUGAAGCUUUGAAGUCUGUCAUCGAUUAUCAGACUCAUUUCCGCUUGAGGGAAGCGCAGGGCCGCAGCAGAGCAGAGGAUUUAAACACAAGGGUGGCCUACUGGUCAAUAGGGGAAGCAAUCAUUCUUCUUGUCGUUAGUAUCGGGCAGGUAUUUCUCCUCAAAAGCUUCUUCUCGGAUAAAAGAUCCACAACAACCCGUGUUGGAUCAUAACUGGUAGUGGUAAUGCUUCAGGUCAUUGUGUGUACUCAUCUGUAAAAAUUAACUGUUCUCCAAUUAAUUGUAAGUGCAAAGGAUCUGAAUAUAUGCAACAUUCAAAUGUGUCUACCCCAUAUCGUAUAUAAAAAUCACAAAACAAACCCAAAAAGUUAUGAAAGGGAAACAAGAUUUGAAAUAUUUAAAAAAUACUUCAGAACUUAAGUGCUUUCCGAUUCCUGUAUUAAAUAUCUGGCAGUGACCAGCCUCUUUAUUUCUACUGAUUGUAAUCCAAACUGAGUUUGAUUUUUACCAGUAAGAUUAGCCAUCUGCAGUAUAACACUUUAAAAUAACCAGUCUAGUGUCUGACAUGAGGCAAUAUAUAUGAAAAUUUGAUUUGAUUUUUGUUUUCAGGCUGAAUGUAUUUGAUUAUAAAACCAAAUGUGAUGAACUGUAGUGCAUUGUUUUGAUUUGCUGUUAAAAAAAAAUAACCAAUGGUACCCCUUGCUUAUUUGUAAAAUUGUUGCAAGCUUGACACUACAUCAUGGUGCAAAUUCUUCAUCAGCCUGGUAAGUCUCCAUCUUCAAAGCUUACUAAAUUUUAUACUUGAGUACGUUUGCUUAAACUUACAUUCUUCUAUAUUAAAAUAAAUCCAUUUCCUCUUUUACAAUGUUCAUUUUCCUGAAGAAAUUGUAAGCUGAGACUACUCAGGAAAUCCACUUCCUAUAUUCAAAAAUCCAAAUCUCCAAGGUUAUUUAAAAAACAUGCAAUAAAAUAGGGAGUCUUGUAACUUUGUCACUGAAGCUGUACAGUUUCUGUACUCGUAUAUGCUGCUGCUGCUGCUUUUUGGAUUUAAGACGAGAAGUAGCUUGGUUUGUUAAGCAGCACAGCACCAGCACUGGAUGAGGUUGUAUUAUGUGUUAGGCACAUACAAAGCUUUUUACUAAAUUGUUUUCCUAUUAAGAGGCCAAUUUGAUAUUGAUACUGCAUUGCACAAGUGCUGUAAAUUUUACUUUCCUGUGUGUGGUGCACUGAUACAUGAUGGCCUUGUGCAUCUAAUUGCCACUGUUUUUUGCUAGUGGUCAGGAAGUGUUUUAAGUAUUUCAGGUUAUCUUUUUGGUAGAGUUAUAGUUACAUUGUUUCCACUGCUCAUGUCUUUAAUAGCUUAUGUACUGUAAAGUCUUGGUUUAUUUGGAUAUGGAAGGUAGUAAAUGUAUGUACAUACAAGUAGUUUGAAUUGAGCUGGUCAUAAUAAGGCUAAACUCUUUCAAUUGGCUCUGGAGAAAUAUGUAGACUGACCAGUUCUUAAGUGCACACAAAAUAAACUAAGGUGAAAAAUUUUGUUGUAUAUUGCUGGCUAAUUCGAAAGAUGCUUCUUAAACAAGUUCUCAGCAAGCAGAGAAAGAAUGCUAAACCUCUAAUAAUUGCCUGUAUUUUUUCUAGCAAAAAUUUGAAAUUGCAUGUACAGGUAACGCUUGAGCAGUCUGAAGAAUUGAUCUGAGAUUACUUGAUUUUAAAAUCUUGUGGUGGCUGAAAAAAAUAAAAGUUCACCUGUUGUGAACUGAACGACUGCUCUUUUGGAAACUGAAGAAAAACCUCAAACAGCUCAAAAAUUACUUAAAAGGUCAUGGGGGUAUUAAAGCUUAACAUAGGUUAAAUUCAGGAUUAUAUGUGAUGUUUUUCUGUCCUGUACUGAAUUUUAAAUAUUGCAGUCCCAUUUUGGGAUGCAAGCUUCCCAGAAACAGACUCAAAAAGAUCAGAAAACAAAAAAAAUAGUGCUUUCUUAUGAUACAAAUCUGUGCCUGCACACAAUAUUCUUGAUUGUACCUUUAUGCUUUAUUCUUGUGUUUCAGCAACUAAUAUUCAGUACUUUUUGUGCUGCGUUGCACACCAUAAUGAAGCAAGUGGUACAUUUUGGGUGCAAGUGUCACAUGAAAACAUAAUUUAAUUUUGAUAGUGUUCACUGUCGUCAUCUGGAGUUUGAAUAUCACUUGUGUAGCUUUAAUCACAACAAAAGCAUUUGUUUUAAAGAUUGAAACGUGUUUGGUUUUUCUUCCACUGACUUGUUCUGUGUGCUGUCAAAAUUGGUAAACAAUGGGGUAAAACAGAUAAUGAUUGGCCAUCACAUACAUGUAUCUCUAUUCUUUCAUGUUUGAAUGUGUGAAGUGGGACUGUUCAGCUCAAUAUUACUCCCACUGCAGAGGCUUAGUGGACUUGACUUUUGCAUUGAAGUUAGGUAUCCAAACCAAUCUUCUGAUAUCCUGCUGCAUAAUAUGCAGCAAUAGCUUAAAAAUGCCUUUAUUUUUGUGUUACUAAAAACAUGGCACAAAUACACGUUUAAACAUAGCUGUAUAUAGUUUUUAAAAUAAGUGACUGAAUAGGAUAUAAUAAAACACAUGCUAACGCAGUGGGUGAAGAAAUGCGUUGUGACUUUUGGUUAAAGCUGCAUCUUUUUAAUAUAUGAAAAGAAUAGUUUGGUUAAGGGUGUGAUACAUGAGUAAACACCCUGUGUUAAAGGGGAUAUAACUGUGUUUUUAAUUGCUAAAGGCCCUGGGUUUCAGCUAUUCCUUGGAUGUUUUAUGUUUACAGAACUUCUUCUCAUGUCCUUGUCAGUUCUUGUUUUAGUUUGGGGGGAAAAAAAAAAGUUUAGUUUGAAUAAGAGAAAAAGCAGACCCUGUGAAUAUUGUAUGGGAAAAAUAAAAAUUAAUAUAUGAA